AUGGCUGGGCUCUCGCCCACUGGGCAAAAUCGACUUUUUCUUCUAGGACUUGGAGUCUCUACAGGUGCUGUCGUCUGGCUCAUGCGCAGCCUGCUCAUUAAGUAUCGCGAUGCUGCCCUCGAACCAAAAAGUGAGAACGAGCCUCAGUACAUCACCCAGGAGGUCGAGGAUUCCUUGAGGCUGGGUACUCUAGACAAGUUACUCUGCAGCCCAAACUUCAGUAUUCAAGAAACAGCCUCAGUAAUCAUCUGCGAGCGCGCCCUUCAUGAUAAAGCAACCAUAAAUGCACUGUUAUGGCAUAUCACCCAGCCGGAUCACGAUAUGAGGGAAAAGGGUAUCCGGACUUUGACUAUGAUGCUAAACAGCCAAUUCUCAGCCGCUGCCAGCAUAAUCGACGAACCCGGCACAUACGCUGCUCUCGUAAAGUCCCUUGAAUAUUCCCUGACGGAUUACAAACAUGCAGAGCACGAUACUGAAUGGGACAACUGGCUACAGCGAGACGUUGCUGAGCAAGGCUGCUUGUUGAUUCUCACGCAGCUGGUGGACAAGUCUGGACCGGAAGGUCUAGUAAAGGCACGGUUCAUUGAGCGUUGGCUGGCGAAAGAACCUUGGGGUAGUGAUGACAGGGAGCGACAAAUCAAUUUUCUGGAGUCACUUCGUACAAGGAAUCGAUUAACGGAGCUCACGCUGCCACUCAUCAGGGAUCCGACAGCGCGGAGACUACUUUGCAAAGUAAAACUUCUACCUAUGGAUUUUGAAUGGGAUGUACCGAGUCCUAGGGAUAUUCGGAUGAUCAAUGGGGAGGGGACUGCAGGAGAAGAUUUUGACGGGAUGUUUGUAGAAGGUCGACGGCGGAGGGAGCAAAGUUCUAUGGAGGAGGGGAUUCGGAGGCGACAUAGAGAGGCUAUGGUCUUGAAUGAUGGAACGCGCCCUCUGGGGAGAGAUGAUAUCAUUGAGCGCGAGAGGUGA